UCCGCCGCCCGGUUCUGCUUCGUCUCUAGCUUAGCUCUGCCGCCGAUGGCAACCGGGCAGCCGUCGGACGAGAAGAAUCCGGCGCCGGUGCCGGAGAAGAAGGCCCCGCUCCCGAAGGUGGUCACGCUCAAGAAGGCCCUAAAUUUGGCCCAGACAUGGGUGGACAAAAUGAGUGGGCCAGAGCCAGAUGAACUGAACGAUAAGGACUUUGAGGGUCGGCCAUCAGGGCUUGGUCUUGGUGCUAGAGUGGCACCUAAUGUGAAGCGUGCAGCUCCCACUGAUCCGGUUGAGAGGAGGUUGAUUGGAAAGGUGAAUGCGCAGAAGAGGAAGUCUGCGGAGGAGGAGAAAAGAAACACUCAGGAGGCGGAUGAGGAGAGCGAUGAUGAUAGCGGUGAGCCGCAAGGUAGAACCAGUGCUUGUAGCAAGAAGAGGGGAUUGCCUUCUGUUACUUCAUUGCCGUUAGGGAAGAAGGCCAAGUGACAAUUUGUGUGCUUCAACCAUCUGAAUAUUCAAACAUGGCUUGAUGUUCCAGCCAAAGUUUUACAAUCCCCAUUAGGCUGAUUCUAUUACCAUGCCCUCAAUGUCUAUUUCUCGAAUGUAAGGGCAUAUGCUUACUGGCAAUUCUAUUCGACAUGUUCUAAUCUUGUGCUUCAGAAGUUCAAU